AUGAAUGCGUUACGAGGAAUUAGCCGCCUAGCCCACAAGCUUGGCUGGGUGACUCGAGCGCGUCGUCGGUCGGAGCCACGCACGCUUCCAUCUCACGGGUUUAACCUCAUUGAUGAUGCCCGGCUCCUGGAAGAGGAAGGGCUACCGGAAUAUGACCCUCAUCAUUUCUACCCAGUCCGACUAGGCGAGAUUUUCAACGACAGGUUCCAAACGGUAGCAAAGUUGGGCUAUGGGUCGUCCUCUACCAUAUGGCUAGCUCGUGAUCUUCAAGAUCAUCAAUACGUCGCCCUCAAAAUUUACAUACACAACUCAGCUCAACACCGAGAAUUACCCUUUUAUGAAGAACUAAACAAGGCCUUGCCAAGCCAGCAUAUUGGUGCGGAAAAUAUUAGGAAGCUUCUCGGCUCAUUUAAGGUCAAUGGCCCUUUUGGCACCCACAUCGUCCUGGUGCUUCAAACCUCUCAAAUGAGCUUGCGCGAUAUGGAUACUGUUUUCAGGCAAGGUCGUGGAUUUGAUGAGAAUUUCGUCAAGAGCGCUAUCAAGGAGCUUCUACAGGCUCUUGAUUUCUUGCAUACCAAAGUCCAAGUCGUGCACACUGGUCAGCAGCCAUUUUUCAUCGUCUUAACACAUUCUAUCCCUCAUGUUCAUCCCGGUAACCUGCUUCUCGGCAUUGAGGACAACUCUUUAUUUAAGACUCUAGAGGAUACUGAAAUGACUAAUCCAGUUUGUCGGAAGAACGUCUUGGAUCGGACCAUCUACUCUUCUCGACUUAUGAAGCCGAAAGUUGGGCCGCUUCUUCUAUCCGAUUUUGGAGAAGCCAGGAUUGGGCCUGGGCCUCAUGCAGGAGACAUCAUGCCUAUUGUGUAUAGAGCUCCGGAGACGCUAUUGUGGAUUCAAUGGAGUUAUGCUGUGGAUAUUUGGAGCGUUGGGCUCACGGCAUGGGAUCUCUUGGAGGGUAAGACAUUGUUCAGCGCCAGGAAAGCCGAUGGCAGUUUUUCAGAUGGCGUGCAUUUCUCCGAACUUAUAGCCGCUCUCGGCCCACCUCCCAGAGACCUAUUGAACCGGCACCACGAGCGAGCACUUGAAUACUGGGACGAGAACGGGAAUUGGGGAGACUUUGUUCCUAUUCCAUCUGAAAAGACAUUGGAAGCAGCAGAGACAAAGCUUAAAGAUAAGACCAAGUUUCUACAAUUUAUGCGGAGAACCCUUGCUUGGGACCCCAAGAUACGACCGACAGCUAAGGAACUUAUGAUGGACCCCUGGCUGCUGGAGGAGGCUUGA